AUGGCCUCCGAAAAGUUACCCAGCGAGGCAAAAGAGCCUGUCGUCUCACUGCCAUCCCAUGACGGAGACGCCAAUACCGAUGCCUCUACGAGUACAGACGGAAAGAGUCCACCCCCGCUACCUGCGAAGCUCUUUGCCGUCUUCCUCAUCUCAUGCAUCAGUUUCGGCUCGCAUUGGAGCUCCGGUGUGACGGGUGCGAUGAAAAGUACUAUUAAGAAGCAAAUGAACGUCUCCAACACGCAAUUCUCCCUGCUCGAAGCAAGCGAGGACUUUAUGGCGACCGUGCUGCUUUUGAUCAGCGGCAUUGUGACCGAUCGAGUCGGAGGGGCUGAAAUGAUUGUCUACGGGAACAUUGUCUAUACAAUCGGGUCGAUCCUCGUCGCUGCAGCGACCACAGUGCGCUCAUUCAACUUCAUGAUCGGCGGCCGUGUUAUUCUUGCGCUGGGCGACAUUGCGACUCAGAUCGCGCAGUAUAAGAUGUUUUCGUCGUGGUUCCCGCCCAGUAAUGGGUUUGCGUCGACGCUGGGGUUUGAGUUGGCGAUUGGAAAGAUCGGAGGCUUCGUCGGUAAAUCCACAGCAAAUGUCAUUGCCAAGAACACAGGCAACUUCGCCUGGGUCUUCUGGACCUCUGUCUUCAUGAACGUCUUUACAAACUUUGCGACCGCCAUCUUCUACUUCUUCACGCGCUACUGCAACAAGCACUACACCGGGCAGCAGGACACCGCGACCAAAGAAGUCCUGACCGAGAAGAACAAGAAGUUCGAACUCCAUAAGAUCUUUCAGUUGCCAUGGAUGUUCUGGGUUGUCCUACUGUUCUCUCUGUUCCAGACCAGCACCGCGCUAGUCUUCAGCCAGAAUGCGACCGAGCUGGCGGAGAAGAGGUUUGAUGUUGAUUCUAUCAAGGCAGGGUGGUAUAGUUCGUUGUCGCAGUAUGCGGGCUUCUUCCUCGUCCCAGUCCUAGGCGUCUUCAUCGACGUCCUGGGUAACCGAGCGAGCGUCCUAUGCACCUGCGGCCUCGGCAUCUUCCUCUCCAUGGUCCUGGUCAACUUCGCAAACACCAAAGCCGGCACCGCCGCCUCCUUCGGCAUCUACGCCAUCGCCGUCUCGUUCGGCCCAACCUCCAUCGUCGACAGUAUCCGCACCACCCUCUGGCACCAGUCCGUCUUUGGCGCCGCGUAUGCGCUGAAAGAUGAACAUAAUCGUCCGCAUCAUAACCGGCGCCCUCCAAGACGCCGACAACGACUCCUACGAUCGCGUCGUGCGGGUGUACCUCUUCCUCGCUGCGGCGGCGGUGGCAGUGGGGCUCGCGAUCCUGGUUGGGUCGUUCGUGAACGAGAGUUUGAUGCCGUUGCAGUGGACGCGCAAGAGGAGGAUGACGAUUGGCGCGGCGCAUCUGGAGCGCCUGCGGGAGUGGCAUCUUGGGACUUGUGCGGAGCGGAAUCGGGUAAUUUCGAUUUGUUGCUUUGGGGCGCUGGUGAUGCUUGUUGUUGGUGGGUGGGCUGCGUAUAUUUGGGGGGCUGUGACGGGGAAUAA